GGGAGGAGCCGAUCCGAGCAUGCGCAGCGCGGACCCGCGCCAUGGCGGACGGUGGUCGAGAGGCACAGGCUCGUGCGCUCCUGCAGCAGUGCCUGCACGCUCGCCUGCAAGUGAGCCCGGCCGAUGGAGACGCCGCGGCGCAGUGGGUGGAGAUUCGAAGAGGAUUGGUGAUCUAUGUGUGUUUCUUCAAAGGAGCUGACACAGAACUUCUUCCCAAAAUGGUUAAUACGCUGUUAAAUGUGAAAUUAAGUGAAACGGAAACCGGCAAGCACGUCUCAAUCCUUGAUCUGCCUGGCGACGUUCUGAUCAUCCCGCAAGCCACCCUUGGGGGCAGGGUGAAAGGACGGAACAUGCAGUACCACUCUAACUCUGGAAAGGAGGAGGGCUUAGAACUGUACUCCCAAUUUGUGAGUCUGUGUGAAGAAGCCGUGGCCAACAACAGCAAGUGUGUAGAAGCGGGGGUUGCGGUGGCGCACGGCACGUACGGGAACAGGCAAGUGUUAAAGCUGGACACCAAUGGACCAUACACGCACCUCAUUGAGUUUUGAAAAAUUCCGUUCCACACCGCUUCCUGUAUAAAAUGACCUAGACCUUUAACUCCAGUGCUCAGGGGCAAAGGCAAGCAGAUUUCUGUGAGGUGGAGGCCAGCCUGAUCUAUGAAUCGAGCUUUAGGACAGCCAGGACUACACAGAGAAACUGUCCCCAAAAACAAAAAGUUAAAUAUUUAUGCUGGGCAUAGUGGUGCACAUGCCUUUAAUUCCAGCACUUGAGAAGCAGAGCCUGGAGGUUCUCUGUGAAUUUGAGGAUAGCCUGGUCUACAUUGUGAGUUCUAGGAUAGGCAGAGCUACAUGUGAGACCCUGUCUUGAAAAAACAAAACUAAAUAAAUAAAUAUUAAAAAUUUAAGAUACUUUUUAAAGUGAAGAAUAAAUGACCAGAACUAGACGUGUGAGGAGCUGCUGCAGUCUCCGUGGUGUCUCACUCUUGGUUUUUCUUUGGACGCUUUAGAUUCCUUUUGCUCACACACCCUGAAAUCCCUUUUUUUUUUUAUAGUUUUCCUACUGUUCUAUUUUGAAACUUAAGAAUCAAUAACUUGAGCUCAUUGUCCUUAGCUUUUGUUUUAUUGAUUCACAGUACAGUUGUUGAAAUGUAAUAAAUUAUUCAUAAGCUUAGAAACUCCAAUUUUUUUUCUUAAAGCUUCUCCAAGGACAUGUGUAUGUCUUUCAGAAAAGACUACAUUACUUACUUUAAAUCGUUUUGAUUUAGGUAAGAUGCUGACUCACAGCCCUAGAUAUGGUUCAAGCAAUUCUCCUUACAAAAGUUGCCUGGGAUACUUGUGGAGAAUGGCACUGCAACUGUGGGGAAGGUUGUUACUUAGAAAUGACGGCAGAUAGGGAAGAAAGAAGAGAAUCGGACAUAACUUCAGUUUAGCUUUCAGCACACACUUACUUUACCUUCAGAGCUCUAAUGAGGACAGCACUAUAGAAAGCAAGACGAGCCAUUUUCUGCAAGUCAUCCAGUACAGCAGAACCGUCUCUCUCCUCUAACGGCUCUAGUGAGACCUGUUGAAAUUAACCUCAAUGAGGGCCUGCUUCUCUCCUUGCCGGUAAUUGCUUUAUUGACUAGGCACAAGCAGAAUCCGGCCCUAACUUCAAUGCCUAGAGGCCCCCCUGGAGCUGGAGUAACAGGUGGUUAUGCCUGAUGUGGGUGCCAGGAAUCCAACCGAGGCCCUCUAAGUAAGCAGUGCUUGUUCUUGACCACUGAGCCAUCUCUCCACACCCCCGCCCCAGAAGUGUCUUUUAAUCUUUCAAUUUUGAAACUGGGAACCACUUGUAGAAAAUAUUCUAUGUAAGGUGGAACAUGUGGCUUUGAUGUCUUGAACACAUUCCUAUAAAGUAAAAUGGAGGAACUGGAGAGGUGGGUCAGUGAUUCUGAGCAUGCAUUAUUCUUAAAGGAGCAGCGUUCCGCUCUCAGCACCGACAUCAGGCACUUGACUGCACCCUAUUGCUCCAGUUCCAGGUCUCUACCACACACACCUUUAUCAUUCAUUCAUUGCUUUACACUAUAAAAGAAGGCAUGCUAUCACAGAGGCUGCCCCUGGGGGAUGAGCCGUACAUCACACCCUGUGUCCCUAAACAUAAGCAUGCAGUAGCCCUGAGUCGGGGCUGCUAAACUCAGGGACUCCCUACUUUCCAAGGUCAAAGACCCCUCCCCUUCUCUCUGAAGUCUAUAAUUGUCAGAAUUCCCUGUGUUCUGCUGGUCCCUGUUAGGUCUCUCAUCCCAGCCUCCCCCACUGUGAAUGGCAGCUUUACCAAAGGAUAUCUCACCAGGAAGGAAAAAAAAAAAGACAUGCCAUAUAUGAAUAAUACCUAUGCUAAUGAUUUUUUGGCUCUAUGGUGAAGGAAUAAACAUUACUAAUAUCAGUAUCAAAUACUACACCGUUCUGUGCCACUUGUCUUGGAGAAUAACUACCUCACUGCUGUUAUAAGAGAAAAUGUCCGAUUUUCCCUCUCAGUGACCGACAUUGCAGAGGACCUCAUAGAUGACUUAUUUAUAUAACAAAAAACACUUGCCAGAACUGCAGUGUGUUUAUGAAUCAGGUAAGCAUUGGAGAUGGUUUAACUUGGUACCCCAUUUGGUUUAGGUCAUGUACACCACCUUCCUGUAAAGCAUGUUGCAGCCUGGUUUCUUCUCCAGCACAUACUAUGCUCACACACCCCUCUCCAAACAACUCAUAGCAACCGCAGAAUGCCCUCGGACCGCCACUUGCAUCAGGCUGCCAUACACCCAUAUCUGGACAAUAACAUUAGUUUCUUCCACCCCUAGUAAAUUAAAUUUAGAUGGUUUCUAGUCCAUGUUAUCUUCAAAGUAUCAGAGUAGGGAGAAUAGGGUCUAACUGAGCUAAUUGUGGGUGUAUGUCCAGUGAGGCAAAACUUCUCUGUAGUAAACUUUUAAAGAGAUUCCACUAUGUACCAACUUCUGUCUAUGCAUAAUUGGGCGUACAGAUGAUUUAAAUCCAAUGCAUUAUUGGAAGGGACAGGAAUGGUAGGAAAAAAUAAAUGCAUGACCUGUCAGUCAAAGUAAAAACCAUACAGAUUACUCCCCUUAAUAGCUAACUUCCCAUUCUUGAGCCCCAUAAAAAGAAUCCUCAAGCAAGUCCAGCAUAUUAAUUUUAUCUACUUGUUUAUGAGAUUUUAAAAAUGUGUAUGGGUGUUUUGCCUCCAGUAUGUUUGUAUACCACAUGCAUGCCUCAAGAAGUAGAGUUACAGACAAUUAUUAGCUGGCUGUUAGCUACCCUAUGGGUAACUUGGGAGCUGAACCCAAGUCCUUUAGAAGAGAGCCAGUGAGCCACCUCUGCAGCCCUAAGACCUAUAGUUGUCUACUUUACUGAAAUGAAUAGUUUCUGAAGCGGAAGAGUUACUAGAAAGUUUCCUUUUCAUCCUGAACAGGUACCUUGGUAGUGACUUUAAAUACAUGCUCAUUUUGAUGGCUCCUACUUUCUUGGCAAGCUGUCUUCAAGGCUGUAUUUCUAGAACAUGUCUUUAUCUGAGGUACUAUAGUGUUAGAAGCUGUUGUAACUCUUUAUCUUCAGGACAAAGUCUACACACUAGAAGUUGGAAUCAAGGCUUUGAAUACAGUCAGCCAGCUGCAGUGAGUUCUGACCACCAAGAGUAAAUUUCUAACAUGAAAUUAUUCUCUUGUGAUAACAGUGUGGUUGUUAUUCUCCAAUACAAAUGACAUAUAAUCUUGUGUUAUUUGAUAUUGAUAUUUGGUAACUUAUCCUGUCACUAUGGAGCCAACAGAUCAUUAAUGUAGACACUAUUCAUAAGGCAGAACCUUAGGAAAUAAUUUUCAAAGAAAGAGCAAAGUCCAAGAGGCCAAAACCUCUGCAGAUAGCAGAGAAAUGGGGAGACAAGAAACAUUGUUGAGCAAAGGUACUUUUCAAUACAUAAACAAGAAGCCAGCAAGAUGGCUCGGGGUAAAGGUACCUGCUGCCAAGCUUAAUAAUCUGAGUUCAAUUCCUGGGACCCAUGUUGCAGGGAAGACCCAACUGCCAGAAGUUGUCCUCUGACCCAUACACAGACACACACACACACACACACACACACACACACACACACACACACACUGUGACACAGUGUGUCACAAAUCAGUCACAAAGUCUGUCAGUAAAUAAAAUAUGAAAUGAAAAUAAAAAAAAUUGAAAAUAAAAUAUGAAAAACAAUGACAAAUACUAAAGAAAAAUUAAAUAACAAAAGGUCAGAGGAGAGACCUGCAAACCUAAGUUAAGAGUUUGCAGAACUUAUACAAGUUCUAUCUUAAUUACUUUUCUAUUGCUGUGAGGAGACACCAUGACCAAGAGAAUCCAUAAAAUAAAGGUUUAUGGGGGCUUUUUUUAGAGCUUCAGAGGAUUAUUCCAUGACCAUCAUGGUGGGAGUAUGACCGGAGGCAGGAAGUGUAGUGCUGGGGCAGUAGCUGAGAGCUCACAUAUUGAAACCAUAACCAUGAGAAAGAGAGAGAACCAACUAGAAGGUCAUGAGGUUUUAUAACCUCAAAGCCACCCUCAGUGACACACCUCCUCCAACAAGGUCACACCUCCUAAUCCUUCCCAAACACUUGCAGCACCUGGGGUUCAAGCAUCCAAGCAUGAGCCUGUGGGGUUGUUCCCAUUCAAGCCACUGCUCAGUCUUUCAACAGUAAGGAUUCUUAUACUUUAUAAAAGGCACUAUCUCAGCUUGUGCUAGACUCACCUAGGGGAUCUCCUAAAAUGCAGUUCUAAAUCACAGUCUCAGGAGUCUAACUCUCUCUAGUCAUCAGUCUUCCUGCCAAGUAACUCUUGCACGCAUCAGAAUCCCAAACCCAUCACUCAGAACCAAGUUCAGACUUCUAAGGCUGGUAUCAAGGGAUUUUGUGUUGGUUUCUUAUGAUUAUUUAUAGUGGAGAGAUUCACAACACAAAGCCAGUGUAGAGGCCAAAGGACAUCUUGCAGGGAUUGGUGUUUUCCUUCCAUCGUGUAGGGCCCAGGGAUUGAACUCAGGCCUGGCAGCAAGGAUCUUUACCCACUGAACUACCUCACCUGCCCUGGUCUUUUAAUUUGACUCCUCAGAGCUUUGGUAUGAGCCUGCAUCGUUUUUUUUUUUUUUCAGGUUACACCCUUACUCCAUUGCCCUCUUUUCUCUUCUAAAUCCAUCAUCAUUUGCUCUGUAGCUUUAGGACAUUGCCUCCAUCCCCACAGGAAUUUCUUUUGCCGCCAUCCUUCAUGAUAUAAGUGUACCAUUCCUGAAACUUGUGGGGUUGUUAUGAGAUUGAGUACCUUUUAUUUCUGGACUGUACAAUGACACAGAGAGACAGAAUAAAAGACACAGAGAGAUAGUAUGAAAUCUAAAUAUUUUAUCUCCUUCAGCUCUGCCUCAGUAAUGCCCGUUACCAUGUUUGGUAGCUCACAGUAAGCUUUCUCAGAGGCAGUGCUGUACCAGUGACCAGAAUACUCUUGAUUUUGGUUCGGUUAUACUGUUAAUGCACAGUGGAUUUCUUAGUUAUGAAGGAGUAAAGGUUAGCGCUCCAAGAAGCAAGUGUACUAUAGCUGCACCUUGCUUUCCUGUCCUACUUGACUCCAGAAGAGUGCUGUACCAGUGAAAGCAAGGGAUGUGUCUGCAUGCUCAAGGCUCAUUCUAGUAUCGUUCUACUAUAGUACAACUAUCUGUAUGGAAGCUUUGUCUAUAAAAAGGUGUUCAAAAAGCAAAUAUCCUUAAAACACAGAAAUUAAAAACCAUAUAUUUGAGUCUUUUGUAAAACAAACUAUGAAACAAAAAAAAUACAUGGAUUGCAUUUACAAAUGAUGAAUUUGAUGCAACAAGCUUUAUUAGCACCCGUCUAAUCUCAGAAUAAAGCAGGUCUGGGGUCUGCAACACAAACAGCAAAUGUUGACAUAAAUAUCAUCCUUUUAGCUCACUUUGGCUCACUCUGUAGCCCUGGCUACAUGAAAUUAUUCUCUUGUGAUAAUAGUGUGGUUGUUAUUCUCCAAUACAAGUGGCAUAUAAUCCUGUGUUACUUGAUAUUGAUAUUUGGUAACUUAUCCUGUCACUAUGGAGCCAACAGAUCAUUAAUGUAGACACUAUUUAUUAGUAUCUGUAGAUCAGGCUGUCUGUGAAUUCACAGAUGCAUUCCACCCCGUCUCUCAUGUGAGGUGAUUAAUAAAGGCAUC